UCCACCCCUUCUCCAGAAUGAGGAAGGAGGCCCAGACCCAGACUGCAGCUGGCCGGGCCUUCCCUCACCGCCCCGCCCUCCCCGGGGGCGCCCACCUCACCUCGCCCUCUGCUGCCGUCAACCUGUCGGGCCCGGCCGGGCAGGUCUGGGGAUGGGCGGGGAGCCCUGAGCCCGCAUCUCCUCUCCUCCUCUUCUUCCUGGACUUGGCAUAAAGGCCUCUCUGAGCUGGGAGCUGGGCUGCCGGGCACUCGAGGCCAAGAAGCUGGGGGUCCCUUGGGGGGGCGACCCCCACAACAAGGGGAACCAUCCACGCCGGCUGCCGGGAGUCCCACCCAGAGCGGCCCCGGGCGGGGUGCCCUUCCCCAGGGGCAGGGGCGAUGCCGAGGCCGCCUCGUGCCCGCUGAGGCCUGCAUCAUGGCCCGGUCGCUGACCUGGCGCUGCUGCCCCUGGUGCCUGACCGAAGAUGAGAAGUCGGCAGUCCGGAUCGACCAGGAAAUCAAUAAGAUCCUCCUGGAGCAGAAGAAGCGGGACCGUGGGGAGCUGAAGCUGCUGCUGCUCGGUCCUGGCGAGAGCGGGAAGAGCACGUUCAUCAAGCAGAUGCGCAUCAUCCAUGGGGCCGGCUACUCAGAGGAGGACCGCAAAAGCUUCCGGCCUCUGGUCUACCAGAACAUAUUCGUGUCCAUGCGGACCAUGAUUGAGGCCAUGGACCGGCUGCAGAUCCCCUUCAGCUGGCCUGAGAGCAAGCACCACGCCAGCCUGGUCAUGAGUCAGGACCCCUACAAAGUGACCACCUUCGAGAAGCGCUACGCCGUGGCCAUGCAGUGGCUGUGGAGGGACGCUGGCAUCCGUGCCUGUUAUGAGCGAAGACGCGAGUUCCAUCUGCUCGAUUCGGCAGUGUACUACCUGUCCAAUCUGGAGCGCAUCACUGAGGAAGGCUACAUCCCCACCGCGCAGGACGUGCUUCGCAGCCGCAUGCCCACCACCGGCAUCAACGAGUACUGCUUCUCUGUGCAGAAGACCAACCUGCGGAUCGUGGAUGUUGGCGGCCAGAAGUCAGAACGCAAGAAGUGGAUCCACUGCUUCGAGAAUGUGAUCGCCCUCAUCUACCUAGCCUCUCUGAGUGAAUACGACCAGUGUCUGGAGGAAAACAACCAAGAGAACCGAAUGAAGGAAAGCCUGGCCCUGUUCGGCACCAUCUUGGAACUGCCCUGGUUCAAAAGCACUUCUGUCAUCCUCUUCCUCAACAAAACCGACAUCCUGGAGGAGAAGAUCCCCACCUCCCACCUGGCUACCUACUUCCCCAGUUUCCAGGGCCCGAAGCAGGACGCGGAGGCAGCCAAGAGGUUCAUUCUGGACAUGUACACCAGGAUGUACGCCGGCUGCGUGGAUGGCGCGGAUGGAGGCAGGAAAGGCCCGCGCUCCCGCCGCCUCUUCAGCCACUACACGUGUGCCACGGACACACAGAAUAUCCGCAAGGUCUUCAAGGACGUGCGGGACUCGGUCCUGGCCCGCUACCUGGAUGAGAUCAAUCUGCUGUGACCCAGGCCUGCCGCCCCAGGCCCGCGCGUGGCAGGUGUAACCUGCGGGCUGUGGGCGCGGGAUGGGCCGGCGCUCAGCAAGCCCAGGUACCUCUUGUCGUUCCAAGCCCAGGUGCGGAAGGGCCACAAGUGAGUCGGGGUGGAAGGCCAGUUACCACCCCCUCUCAUCUCCGCCCCUCACCAGGACAGCCCCUGGAUCCUUCUUCCCUUGACUCAGUUUACCUCCUUGGGGAGGGAGCACAAUGGCCGUUUGGGAGACCAGGGUGCAGGAAAAGGUGAAAAGAGGAGGGGAAUCCUGGACUGGGGGGGAAGGGGCCCUCUUAGGACCCCCACCUCCAGGUAUUUCCCCUCUUGAGCAGGGGUCUGGGACCCUUUUGUGGGUGAUGCACCAGCCCCUGGAUUGGGGGGAGUGGUCUUUCAUGCCCAGGGAUGCGGACUCCGGCGCCCCCUAGCGGACAGGAUCUGGUAGUCUCCCAACCGAGGUCCGGGACUUCCGUUUUCUUAAGAGGAAGAAAACACUGUCCCAGGAAUGGGUCCCGCCCCAGUCUGCGGACGAGGGAAACCGAGGCACACAGGCAUCUCCUCUCCUUCCCAGGCUGGGGCCCGGCGCGCUGCAUCUUGCAACUUUCUGUAUUUAUUCCCUCAUCUGCGGGGCCCCUUGCAAGGGUGAACAUUAAAGAAAUGACAUUCUGGAGACCUA